CGUGCACGGGUGGCAGUCUACAGCGUGAACGCGAGCGCAGUACACAUCGUGCGACUCUAGCGAAGAGGGAAAAAGAAAGAGACUGAAGGGUUUGUGUUUCUCCGCGCUAAAAAUCAACAGCACCGUAAAAUCAGCCGUUAUAUCUGGAAAGGGUCGCCGCAGCGUGGAGGGGGAACAAGGGAUUUGAUCUGCACCGUUAUUUUUCCUUUUGUGUUUCUUUUUUUUCUUUUCCUGUGGAAGGAUUGUGAGGGUUCGGUUGUAAAGAUGAUGGUCGGGGAGAUGGAGGUGAAGGAGAGACCGAGGCCGAGUCCCGACUAUCUCAUGCAGUUAUUGAACGAGAAGAAGCUCAUGACGAGUUUACCGAACCUGUGCGGCAUCUUCACACACCUGGAAAGACUUCUGGACGAAGAGAUAACCAGAGUGAGGAAAGACAUGUAUAACGACUCGAUAAACGGCCUUGUGGACAAACACCCGCUGGAGUUACCUGAGGCAGUGGGAGCCAUCGUACACCUGCAGGAAAAACUCUUCGUACCAGUCAAAGAAUAUCCAGACUAUAAUUUUGUGGGGAGGAUUCUUGGACCUCGUGGACUUACAGCAAAGCAGCUGGAAGCCGAAACGGGCUGCAAGAUCAUGGUGAGAGGCCGAAGCUCCAUGAGAGACAGAAAGAAGGAAGAGCAGAACAGAGGGAAACCGAACUGGGAGCAUCUAAAUGAAGAAUUGCAUGUACUGAUCACAGUCGAGGACACACAGACACGUGCGGAGAUCAAGAUGAGAAGAGCCGUCGAAGAGGUCAAGAAGCUACUGGUGCCUGCAGCGGAGGGAGAAGAUAAUCUGAAGAAGAUGCAGCUGAUGGAGCUGGCCAUUCUGAAUGGAACAUACAGAGACACCAACAUCAAAGCACCCACCCUUGCGUUCUCUCUUGCAGCCGCGGCAGCUGCCGCUCAAGGUCCGCGCCUGAUGGCGGCACCCGGGGGUCAGGUCCUCCCCCAGUCCCUUAGGCCCCCAACUCCGGCAGGGACCCCCAUCAUGAACAUCAUGCGGCCAACUCAGAUGGCCACCGUGCUACCCAACGGCACCCCCACCCUGGUGCCCCCGUCGCCUGAGGCGGGCAUCAUCUACACCACGCCCUAUGACUACCCUUAUGCCUUGGCGCCCACGUCUCUGCUGGAAUAUCCCAUCGAGCACAGCGGAGUCCUAGGUAAGCGGGCGUGGGGGCUUGGCACUUCACCCUUUGGUGCCCCGCAAGAGGGCACAGCCGGGUUGUUUUACGGGGGCUUGUUGGAUUGGCCGAUGCCAGGCCCCGUUCAGGACUCAAUGAAAGGUGCAAUGGCUACUAAAGUGCGGAGACAUGAUUCACGGGUCCAUCCUUACCAAAGGAUAGUGACCGCAGACAGAGCCGCCACCGGCAACUAACAAAUGACCUCUGAACUCUUCACCCAAUGAUGAGCCGCCCAAGCCUGCCUGCUGAUCAGAUUAACUGGUAAUUGCCUUUUGCUAGCCUGGUGGACGCAGAGAGAGGCACCUGUCCAAGCAGUGAUCCUAACACAAACCAACAUAAAACGCAACCCUCCAUACCAACACGUUGUGUAGCGAUAACAACGAUGAUACUCUUUUUAUUUUAUAUAUGAGUUCUUUAGUUUGUUUCUUUCUUUUUCUUUUCAAAUCAAACGAUUGGGUGGAUGUUAACAGCGAUGUUGCGUCGCCCACAAAUCUGCACUGAAGUUGAAAAGCAAUAAAGAAGCGUCUUCAGCCCUUAAAUGCAUUAAACACUCGUAAGACAAACCUGGUCACCUUGGUGUCAUAAUCGGGGCAUCCAGAUUUCCUAAACAAAAAACAUUGUGUACCCCACCCAUAUAAUCUGUCUAUGGUCAUUGAAUCGACAACAAAAGAAAAAGAAGGAAAGAAAUCCGCACUCACAUACCAACUUUUUGUGAAUUUCCUGUCCUUCUCCAAUAAUGUAAUUGUGUGUUUUUCAGUUUGACUUUAUUUUUACUGUGCUGACACAUUCUGGGUGUGCCUGAUCAGCUGACUGAGAGCAUGGCUACAAUGACCGAUUGCAAAAGGCUUGUUUUUUCCUGUUACUUUCUGUUUUGACUUUCUUACGUUUCCAUAUAUCCUAUUAGUGUUUCGCAAUACGUGCUGGUAUAAUUGCAGUAUUGGUGUCAGCUCAUUAGGGGGCAGUAUGCAGAGACUGGCAGGGGGCGAUAGAUUUGGGGUGAAGUGUUUACGGAGUUAAUCUAAAUCUAGGAUAUUCAGGGUUGGAGAGCUGGGAUACGAACCGGAAUCAGUUUACCGAACUAUGCCAUCCCGAAAAAACACUCAACCCCCACAUACAGUGCCUGAACUUUCUAGAAAUCUUUCUGAACGAGCUGUGAGAUAAAAGACAAAAAAUAGUUAAGUAUUACGUGUGCGCAUUUAGCCAAAGGGUUUCCAUUUUGAUUAAUUUCUAUAUACGAGCAUAUGUAUCUAAUCGCCAAGGGUUAUGUCGUUUUAGUCUAUAGAGUUUGAAAAGAUUUGAUGUCAUGCCUGUAUGUCAAAAUAUGGAUGAAAUGAUGAUGAGUUUUCCAACGAGACGCUAAUUUUCUUUGAGGAUGUGCAAAGCCAAUGAACACUAAGGAAGAUGAAUGAGGUCGUGAGAUUGGGGGAGGAGCUUAAACUCUGUGUAAGCUUUUUUUCUUUUCUGCUUUAUGUAUUUUAUUUGAUUAAAUAUUGAUUGUCGAUUACUAAGUUGUCUCCCCCGUCACACCUUACUAAAAUUAGCCCACUGAAAUAAAAUGCAGGUGUUAGUUUAAUCUUUCCUCAUCAGCUGCGAAUGAUUUAUUAAGAUGCGCCAUUAUCCACAAUGUGUCCCGCACACGCCCAGCUACUAGCCCACCCUCAUUUCUGUACACCCUUUCAAGAAAACAUAGGAUGUGAAAGCCAUGUCUGCCUGUUCAAAUUGCUUUAUACAUACAUGAUAGAUAGAUAAAUAUAUAUAUAUAAAAUGUAUACAAAUGUAGAUACGUCAUUGCAUAUUAAAAUCCAGAAAGAUCAAAAUUAGAUACUUUUACAGGGUGCUGGAGAAGAAAUAUAUAUUUUUGCCAAUUUUAGCUUUUUAUACUUAACUUGCAGUUAUAAAAUAUGAAACGUAAAAAAGAUAUAAAUAUAAAAAAGUUUGUAGAGUAGUACAGCGAAAGAAGACGUUGCGUGACUUUGGAUACUAUUGACAUGGGGAAAAAAACAGACCAAAAUAGUCAAACCAUGGAAUGUCGGUGGAAUCGCGUGAUGUUUCUGAAAGGAGAAAAUUCAUCUUAAACGGACAUAAGUGCCUUACCCGCGGUCGUUUCUUUUUCCGAGUGUUACGUCGUUCAAUAAUAUCCAGCACACCAACUAGGUUAGUGCAGAGCGCGGGAGGGGUUCAGAAGCUCCCCGGGAGUUAAACCACAAGGCUGUUGCAGUGUUGUGCCACUGAAUCUAUUCUAUGCAAAGGAAUAGCAGUCAUUUGACCAGCUAACUAUGUGCCAUGAUUCGUCUUCCCAAAUUUUUUGUUUCUUUAAUUCCCAUUUGAACAAAGUGUUUUGUUUGUCUUUAUUUUAUUGCAUUAUAUUCUUAUGUUAUGAGGACAAAUGCUGUCUAUAUAAUUGGUUACUGUGAUUUUUGUCAAGAACAACUGCCAAUCAUGUUAUAGAAGUCUGCCAGGUGUAAAUUUGGUUGUUUUUUAAAGAUUUUGGGUUUUACCCCUAAACCUCUCAUUGUUUCAAGAUUUGCAAACUGGAAGCUUUCGAUCACGGUCUCAUUCUUUCUUGAAAGCAUAAAUCGUUUGCCAAAAUUUACUCUCAUUUUUAUGCCAAGGAAGUUUUUUUUUUAUUUUUAGGGGUAAAGGGUAAAGUUUUUUGUUCACAUGGUGUUUUUUAGACAAAGACGAGAAAAGUCUUGCACUGAUCAAACAAUGGAGAAGUAGAAAUAUUGCAUUUAGUUAAAGUAUUACUGCACUGUAAAAAAAAGGUUGCCUCAAAAUUUACGUUGAAUCAAAUGAAAAUGUUAAAGGAUUAGUCCAUUUUCUUAAAAAAAAUCUAGACAAUUUAUUCACCACCAUGCCAUUCAAAAUGUUGACGUCUUUCUUUGUUCAGUCGAGAAGAAAUUGUUUUUUGAGGAAAAAAUUUCAGGAUUUUUCUAAUUUUAAUGGACUUUAAUGGACCCCAACACUUAACAGUUUUAAUGCAGUUUAAAAUUGCAGUUUCAAAGGACUCUAAACGAUCUCAAACGAGGCAUAAGGGUCUUAUCUUGCAAAAAGAUUGUCAUAUUUGGCAAGAAAAUAAAAAAUCUGCACUUUUAAACCACAAAUUCUUUUCUUUCUCGCACCAGCGCGACCUUACGUAAUACGUCAUCACUUCAAGAGGUCACGGAUGACGUAUGCGAAACUACGCCCCAUGUUGUAUGUGGAAUGAUACUAAUUAAUGCCUUUGUGUCAGUUUAUUGUUUAAAAUGGUCCGCAAACUUGCGUUUCAUAUAUGUAACACGUGACCUUUCGACGUAAUUACGCAAUUGUGUGGGGUCGCGCUGGCGCGUCACACAGCCAGAGGAAGACGAGAAGUUGUGGUUUAAAAGUGCAUAUUUUUUAUUUUUCUUACCAAAAAUGACCCUUAUGCCUCGUUUGGGAUUGUUUAGAGUCCUUUGAAACUGCAAUUUUAAACUGCAUUAAAACUGUUAAGUGUUGGGGUCCAUUAAAGUCCAUUAAAAUGAGAAAAAUCUGGAAUGUUUUCCUUAAAAAACAUAAUUUCUUCUCGAAUGAACAAAGAAAGACGUCAACAUUUUGGAUGACAUGAUGGUGAGUAAAUUAUCUGGAUUUUUUUUUUUUACUAAAUUGACUAAUUCUUUAAGGCAACCAGGUAACUUUUUACAAUGUGGAAAGAGGGUUUGCCGGGAUGUUCACCUGUUGCCGCAUCAGUGCCAAAGCUUAGCCACAGUAUCAAAUCCCAGCCCCAGUUUUCGAUCUUUGAAACAACCGGGAGCGUUUAUCUCAUUGACAAAAAGAUUGAAGUUUUGUAACCCUGGCAGUCUCUGGUGUGGUCUUGUUGUUUAAUUUUGUUACACAUAAAAGGUCAAUGCUUCUUUUUCUCAGUGUUAUAAAGCAUUUAUAAGCCUAUUGAAAUAAUGAAAUGCAAUAUUAGAGAGGAGCAGAGAGAAGACUGCAGAGAAAUGGACAGUAUUAUGAGAAUCCCCUCUGCUGUGUUACUAUGUGCUGUUAAAUGUUUUGGACUUGGGUUUAGUCUAUCAGGUGUAAGGAGAGAAAUCUCUCGUUCUCUUCCGCCUGCCUACUACAUGUGUAAUAAUGUAAAUUACAGCCAUUGUUACAGGUUUCUAAUGUAUUUUUCUAACUUCAUUUUCUAUGUACAAGUCAUUUUUUCUGAUAUCUUUUUGUGACGAAGCCCACUACACGAUGAUGAUGAUGAUGAUGAUGAUUUUUUUUACAUGACAUUAAUUUCUCUCCUCCGGCCUCCGUCUCAGCCCACUCUCUUUACUCAGAUCUGUCUCUCUCUCAUCGGGAGCGUUGCCUUUCCUAGUUAUAUUUUCUUGCUGAUUUCUUAGCUUGUUUAACUCAUUAGCGACUUAUUAUUCUCUCUUGUCAUAGGUAUUUUUACAUGCUUGCAUUUAGUUUUUAUGGUGUAUGCUGUUAUUUUUUUCUUAUUAACCUCCUUGGCAUUUAUUUUAAUAAACAUUCUUAGUAAGAAUUUUACUAACUUUGCUGAUAUUAUUUUGUGUUGUGUUCUUUUUUUAACCAAUUAAAUGAAUCUACUACCUUGGUCUGGUUCACGGACUAACACGAUUAAAUCUGGUGUGACCACCCUCACUGAUAUGCACAUAUAUACACGCACAAAAAAAGCAUAUAAAUAUACAUUCUCAGAGGUCCACAUCUCAUACACAUGUACAGUUUAUGCAUUCUCACUUAUGUACACAAUUUUUUUUUUUUAAAUGAUCCUUCGCUGUCACUGAUGUACUGAAGUACACCGUUGUACAUAAAUACUUCAUAAUAGUGCCAAAUCUAUACAUAAAUACCUAAAUAGUACAUAUUCGGACCUUCAGUGACGCUUGGGACCAUUUUUUUUACACAUUCAGAUGCACUGAAUCAUUUAUCACGCAGUCUAACAGGAGAAUGCACAAGGCAGUCCGUCCCUCACACCGCUGCUGCACUUUCAUCUGUGUUGCUGUAGAGAUUUUUUUCCAAUCGCGUGCUGCCACGCUGUCUGCAUCACUGUCCACACAGUCUACUGGCGUUGCUUUUGUUUGGUUUAUUUGUUCGUUUCUUAGAAAAAAAACGCUGCUUUUUUGAAACUGGAAGUAAUUGGGAUUUAGUACUCGAGGGAUUUCAAGCAAUAGUUGGGAGAAUUUUUUUUAUUUUUAACAUCUCUUUCAUUAUACAUUCUCUAAAAAAAAGUAAUGUCCAAUAACAUGCAAAGCUUUUUUAAAAUCUAAUAAAUUUCAUAUUUUCUUCUUGUAUAUGCCCAUCAUGCUGCCAUGUCCAUCUUGCCAAACAUUCUUUAGUUAUACGAGAGUAAGACCGCACCAUUUAUUUAGCCAUCAGACUGGGUCAGAUACUCUUUUGAAGGUCUUUUGACCUGCAGAGGUGGUGGUGAGAUGACGUCUGGAAGUGCCGCUGGCUGUUUGCUUUCAAAGCAUCUUUUAAGUGGACGAAAGUACUAACAAACUACUUUGCCCUUGUAGAAACUGCUUGGCUCUUGUUGCCAUGGUGACUAAAGGUAGUGUCCUCACUGUUCGAGACCGUUUUACUUUUUAUUUAUGCAAUAUUUUCAUCAUGGGAUGUCAUUGCUUUGUAAACAACCCGGAUAGCGUGUGUUACUAAUGUUAUAUUUUUUUAAGCACCCUGAAUAUUCACUAAUUGGAAAUGCAUUACGGCUGCACGUAUUAAGAUCGUGCGUGUUCUUUAACCCACUGAGUGAAGCUUCAGGAUGGAAAACGUGUAUGAUGUGUUGACAAGCUGAAGUAGAUAUCCAUCUUCAUUUUGAAGAGCAAUAGAGACUUGAUAUUAUAUUAAUAAAGGGAAGAUUUCUGUUGUCUAUGCCCUCAGGGAAUGUUUUCUUAAAGGUCGGGAAAACCAGCAUUUUGUUCAUUAAACAUUAAUAAUUCGAUGCACUUGGGCGUCCAGUCAAACAAUAUUUUGUAUUUGAAAUGUACCUGGUUAAAGAGGACUUGGCAUGAAUUUCUUUGUGUAGCAUCUACCAGUAAAACAUGAUAAAUAAAAUGACUCGAGUGUUUUGUUUUGUAAAACCACGAUUGAGCUGUAUUACCAGUGGCGGCCGGUGACUUCUUUUUUUCAUGGGCGCUCGAUGCAAAGUUGGUCACAACAUGUAUGUAGCCCGUCAUGUGUGUGGUUCCUUUAAUCAAAAUAUGUGUUCUGCGCGUCGAGUGAUUCUAUGCAUCACUGUCUUGUCAAAAUAAGUGUCUGCUGCAGGGUUUAUGAUAAAAGAGACGCUCACGUUUGCCAGAUACGCGCAUGAUUUAAUGCAUAAUUAGAGUUUAAUGUUAAGGGAGUGUCUUGCGUGUAUUUUGUGAACGUGAGCGUUUCUUUUAUCAUAAACGGUUUUGACGCAUGUGCAGCAGGCACUUAUUUUGACAAGACACGUGAUUCACACAGGAUCUCUCGACGCGCAGAACUCUUAUUUUGAAUUAGCGCCCCUCGGAUGAGCAGUCAAGAGCCACCACUGUUUAGUACACUAAAAUCCCAAGCCAUCUAUGUUUCUAAAAUCCCCUAAGUUAGUAUCUUUUAUAAAAACUAUUUGUAAAUUGUGCCUUUAUUACCAAUUUUAA